AUGCUCUUCCUUAACUAUUCAUAUUCUGUUGUUCAUAUUUCAUCUUCAUCGUUUUCCUCAAACCCCAAAAACCAAAACAAACCCACUUCCCUUCCAAUUUCCAACACCAACUCUCAUUCUCAUCACGGUGAUGUUUCCGUCAAAUUCAAAUCCCCAACACCUCCAUGGAUGAGUGCUCCUCUUCUCCAACCCAAAGACCUUCCCAAUUUCUCUCCACACCCCAGUUCCAAUGUCGAAAAACGCGACCUUUCAGAUAAAUCUCUAACCGGUAAAGAAGUUAAAGGCAAAAAAGCCUUGAAGAAAAUUGCCCACAAAGUUAAGAAGCUUCACAAGACUGAAACUCAAAUGGGUUCUAAAAAAGUUGAAAACUUUGGGGCUUGUUUGGAGAGUUUGAUGGAGGGUGAGAAGGUUGUGACUAAGAGUAGAAUGCCAUGGGAGAAGGAUGAAAAUAUUGAUUUUUUGAAGGUGAGAAAGGAAAAAAUUGUAACUAGUGCGGAUUUGGCUGUUGAUAAGACGUUGCUUCAAAGGUUAAGGGGUGAGGCUGCAAAAAUGAGGAUUUGGGUCAAGGUUAAGAAAGCUGGUGUUACACAAGAUGUUGUGAAGGAAAUUGAAAGGACUUGGAGGACAAAUGAACUUGCUAUGGUUAAAUUUGAUAUCCCUUUAUGUAAAAAUAUGGAUAGAGCUAGAGAAAUUGUUGAGACAAAGACUGGAGGCUUGGUUGUAUGGAGUAAGAAGGAUGCUCUGGUGGUUUACAGAGGCUGCAACUAUCAGUUGACUUCUAAAGGUUCUCCAAAGAUCUAUACCGAUUAUAUUCCUAGUCAAAGAACAAAUUCUUAUGAAACGAGCGAGGUGCAAUCAGCCACCAAAGAUGAUCAUUACCUGGUUGAAUCCGACCGAACUACAAGUGAGAUACUGAGCAGGAAUGCUGAUCAUAAGGAUUCUCAAUCAACUGACGUCCAUGGUGUGAAUUACCAACCGACCAGCGGAUCAUUGUAUGAGAGGGAAUGUGAUAGAUUAUUGGACGGCUUAGGACCUCGAUUCAUUGAUUGGUGGAUGAACAAGCCGCUUCCGGUAGAUGCUGACUUACUUCCAGAAGUGGUUCCUGGAUUUGAGCCCCCAUUUAGGCUUUGUCCGCCUCAUACUAGUGUAAAACUAACUGCCGGUGAACUAACAUACUUCAGAAAGAUUUCGCACCCUUUACCAACUCAUUUUGUUCUUGGAAGAAACCGAGGACUUCAAGGCUUAGCGGCUGCUAUCUUAAAGUUGUGGCACAAGAGUCAUAUAGUGAAAAUUGCUAUCAAGUACGGAGUUCAGAAUACUGACAAUGAAGCAAUGGCCAAUGAACUGAAGCGUCUCACCGGAGGAGUUCUAUUAUUGCGCAACAAGUUUUAUAUAUUACUCUAUAGGGGAAAAGAUUUCCUUCCAAAAAGAGUUGCAGAUUUGGUAGAAAAGAGAGAAUUGGAGCUUAAAAGUUGUCAACUUCACGAAGAAGUUACUCGAUUGAAAGCAAUUCAAGCCUUUUCUUCUAUCGGAGAAUUUCAACUGCCGCAAGAUACUAGUACAAGUGGAAGUUUGACAGAAUAUAUGGAAAUUCAAAAUAAGCAUGAGAACAUAAAAGAAGUCGAUGUAGAUUUAAACGUUCCACUGGAAGCAGAAAUAUAUAGAUUGGAGAAGGAAUUGAAAGAGCAACAGCAUAAAGCUUUCAUUCUUAACAAGAAAAUAGAGAGAUCAUCAAUAGAAUUAUCGAAGAUAAAUGCUGCAUGGAAACCUUCUGGAGAAGAUAUAGACUUGGAAAUAAUGACAGACGAGGAAAGAGAAUGUUUCCGAAAGAUGGGAUUGAAGAUGAGAAGUUGCCUAGUUCUUGGAAGGCGAGGAAUCUUUGACGGCGUAUUGGAAGGACUGCAUCAGCACUGGAAACACAGAGAAGUAGCGAAGGUCAUAACGAUGCAGAGACUACUCAGUCGGGUCAUCUACACUGCACAGUUUAUAGAAAGAGAGAGUGGCGGAAUUUUAGUUUCAGUUGAUAAACUAAAAGAGGGACAUGCUAUUAUUAUUUACCGCGGUAAAAACUAUAGUCGGCCUAAAGAAAAGAUCGCGAAAAAUCUUCUAACCAAAAGAAAAGCAUUGCAAAGGUCUCUUGAAAUGCAAAGAAUUGGAUCAUUGAAGUUUUUUGCUCAUCAGAGAGAGAAGACAAUCUCUGAUUUGAAGAUGAAACUGGAAACUCUUCAGCAGGGAAAGGAAAUUGAGGUGAGAGAAUUUGAAAACUAA